AUCAUGUGUCCCAGCCUGCUUGAAAACUAUGUGGCAGCCAUGGUGUUGAGUGCAGCUGGAGAUGCCCUGGGCUUUAAAAACGGGGAGUGGGAAUUCCUUCUCUGCGGUGAAGAGAUUCACGCGCAACUGGCGGAAAUGGGAGGCGUGGGCAAAAUCGACGUGGCAGGCUGGCCGGUCAGCGAUGAUACUGUCAUGCACUUAGCUACAGCUGAAGCCCUGGCAGCAGCUGGAAGAGACCCAGAUUUUACGCACCUGUACGCUCUCCUUGCAAGAAACUAUAAGGACUGCAUGAAAGACAUGAGCGGAAGAGCUCCAGGUGUAACCUGCAUGUCGAAUGCAAGGCGUUUGAAACCAGAUGAGCCAGAGGGGUGGAAAAUCCCUUUCAGCGCCAGUGGCGGAGGGUGUGGAGCCGCCAUGAGGUCGAUGUGCAUCGGACUGCGGUUUCCUCACCCAGAACAAUUGGACAGCUUGAUUGAAGUCAGCAUAGAGAGUGGGCGAAUGACUCACCACCACCCAACGGGCUACCUAGGAUCCCUAGCUUCUGCUCUCUUCGCCUCUUACGCGGUGAACCGCAAGCCCCCUCGGGAGUGGGGGAAAGGGCUGAUGACAGUGCUGCCGGAGGCGAAAGCCUAUAUCCAGAAGUCAGCUUGCUUUGUGGAAGAGAACCUGCAGCACUGGGACUACUUUGAAAGUAGGUGGAAGCAGUACCUGGAAAUCCGAGGCAUUUCAGAUGGGAAAUCCCCGCCUUCCUUUCCUGCAGAAUAUGGUGUGAAAGAGAGAGACGAAUUCUAUUCUUUCCUCAGUUGGAGUAACUGGGGAGGCAGCAGUGGACACGACGCUCCCAUGAUCGCUUACGAUGCCAUUCUCGGUUCAGGGAACAACUGGACUGAGCUAGCUAAUAGGAGUUUCUUCCACGGUGGGGACAGCGACUCCACGGGGACCAUCGCUGCAUGCUGGUGGGGAGCCAUGCAUGGUUUCCAAGGGGUCAGCAUAAAUAACUACAGGGAUAUUGAGUACAGAGAUCGACUGGAGAAAGUAGCCGGAGACAUUUAUCGCCUCAGCUUGGCUGCAGAGCGUGACUGAAUUGCUACCAUUCCAUUGUCAUGCUCAAGAAAGAGGGAGUGGCACUCCAUCUGGAGAGUCCAUACUGUGUCACUACUGAGCAUUUACCAAGUGCUUCCAAUCCAGGCCCACGCCGAGCGUGUAGUUCUAGCUUUCAGCACAGCCAGGGAAGAGUCGGCAAGUGACAGCCGUCCUUUCACCGUAAAGGUGGCUUUUCUUGGGCCACAUGGCAGAGCCCAGGACCAGGCAUGGGUCCAAGUGCUGGCGCUAACGGUGCCCGUGACAGAGUCUCAGUUGCAGACUCGGAGGAAUCCUCGUGCACGCAAGAGCUGUGCCAAGGGCAUGGCGAGAGCAAGAACCCCACAGCUGGCUAGAGCUAGACCUGCCACUUGA